AACAACUCCCCAGUCUGGGCCAUUCAGCACAAGCUAGACACACUCCAGCCCAAAUAAGACACCAUCAGGUGCAGCACUCAACACGCAGCUUUGGCAGCAUCCAAGGAACGAAGGACAAUUCUGAGAACAAAACAACUGAACUUCCUGCAAAUGAGCUCUGACAAACCCAUGAGACGCUGACAGUGAGGAAGAGAUGGGGCGGGCCCCGGGUCCCCACCAGCAGUGGGACCUGCGCCACGCUCCAGGACCUGCCUGGGACCCCAGGGGGUGUGCCCACCACCACAGGGCAGCAGGAGAUAAGGGACCACAGACAUCUGGGCAGGUCUCGCCCUCUGCUCCACGGUUUCCUCUCUGGCUCCUACUUUUUAAAUUACUUUUGUUGGCAAAAGGUCUGGCCGCUUCUCUGACUUAAUUGCUUCUCUCCUUAACCAGUCAACUCUCUUCAAUUUCAUGAACAGUUCAAUGAAACUGCCCAAAAAAAUGCCCAAAGGUUUUGGGGACACUUAUAAGGAAAUGAAAUGGCCCAACGAGGACUCCACUUAAUGCUCAGGAACCAGGACAGUGUGGGGCCCGCACCAGCGUGACCACCAGACGCAGGGGUGACGGGCCGGGUCUGAGCAGCGCAGGGUGCCUCACCUGGAGAUGGCGCCUGUGGGAGGGACAGAGCUGACCCCCACCUCCCACCACCCACAGAGUGGAUCUGGAGGGACUGUGGGUCCUGAGGGUACGGCCCCUGCCUUGCGCCCUCCCUGUGCCUCCAGAGUCUGGUCUCUGGUCUGAGGACACAACUCAGAAACUGCCACCAAUACCUCUGUGUUGUGGACAGUGAGCCCCUUCCUGCCGCCGCUGUCCUGCAGGUCCCCUUCUCCACCGUGCUGCUCAGUUAUUUAUUCGGGAGAACAGCCCAGGUGUGUCCUUCCUGCCACUCUUACCCCUGCGAGGAGGCUCCGCCGAGGGCUGGGUGUGUGGGAGCUGCUCACAGGUUUCCUCAGACCCACAGGUCGGCAUUUCCAGAACCUUCUGGAAAGCAGGGCAGUGUCAGGGAUGCACACUGCACCAGGAGGCAGCAGGCCGGAGGUGGGGGCGGGGAGCAGUGGUGUGUGUGGACCUUCAGCAGCAGGACGGCAGGAAGGUCCACGCGGUGACGAAGACAGAGGAGCAACGUCACCACACGGAGCUCAGCCCUGAGGGUGAGCAGCACAGCGACUUCGGGAAGAAUGAGGCAGAACGUUGCCACCGACACCACAUUUUUAAAGAGGGAAAGCACUGUUCAGAGGACAUAACGUGUGGUCAAAGUAUAAAGAGAUGGAUCUUAUGGCAAAUAAAUAUCCCACUCAGGACACCACGAAAUGGAACCUGGGAGACGCAGGAGGUUUGGGGAAAUGGGUAACUUUUUGUUUUAAAGAUGAUUCCUUAUGCCUCUGGCUGUCGGAAGUAUUUCAUAGUGAAAAUUGUUAAAUGAUAUAAAUGCUGAUCAUUCUCAAUUUAAAAGGUAGAGGCCACGAUUCAGGGAGCCUCUCAAGCAGGGGCUCUUUAAGAGAGAGUCUGAAGGAAUUCAAUUAUUGACAAGCCUGAGGGUGUAAUUAGCGCUCCUUGCUCUGUGAGGUUUUGCUGCUCAAAGACUUUAAUCCAACACAGAAACUAACAUGAGAUCACCUCUUUUACAUUGUGGGUGGCAAAGCCUCGCUGCAAAAAGAGGGGAAAAAAAGUCUCAACAUAAAAGAAUUAUCGCAUGAAAACAGAAUGAGGGUGUGUGUAGCACAAGCCGUCUGGCUGGCUGCCUGGCCCCCCAGAUACAUGAGCACCCGCCACACCAUAAGUGGGGAGCAGGGCACCACCAGGGUCAUCACAGACAUGCCUUCACGUUGCCUUGCUUCACAGGAGCUCAAGGUGAGGACACAUGUACGUGAACCUUCAGGAACAAUGGAGGAGAUCCUACUUGUCCAGGCACUUCUCAGCUCUGCAGAGGAUCCCAGGUGUCCGGGCAUUUCUCAGCUCUGCAGAGGAUCCCAGGUGUCCGGGCAUUUCUCAGCUCUGCAGAGGAUCCCAGGUGUCCGGGCAUUUCUCAGCUCUGCAGAGGAUCCCAGGUGUCCGGGCAUUUCUCAGCUCUGCAGAGGAUCCCAGGUGUCCGGGCAUUUCUCAGCUCUGCAGAGGAUCCCAGGUGUCCGGGCACUUCUCAGCUCUGCAGAGGAUCCCAGGUGUCCGGGCGCUUCUCAGCUCUGCACAGGAUCCCAGGUGUCCGGGCACUUCUCAGCUCUGCAGAGGAUCCCAGGUGUCCGGGCACUUCUCAGCUCUGCAGAGGAUCCCAGGUGUCCGGGCACUUCUCAGCUCUGCAGAGGAUCCCAGGUGUCCCGGCGCUUCUCAGCCCUGCAGAGGAUCCCAGGUGUCCAGGCGCUUCUCAGCCCUGCACAGGAUCCCAGGUGUCCAGGCGCUUCUCAGCCCUGCACAGGAUCCCAGGUGUCCAGGCGCUUCUCAGCCCUGCACAGGAUCCCAGGUGUCUGGGCACUUCUCAGCUCUGCAGAGGAUCCCAGGUGUCCCGGCAUUUCUGAGCUCUACAGAAGACUCGUGCCCAGAAAACCAUCUUUGUACUUUAUUCACCCAGUUUCCAACUCCGUUUAUGGAUUGUGGGAAAGUGGUUACUUCCUUGAAGAAACACUUGCCAGAAAUUUUAAAAAUUUUAAUGAAAUUCACAUAGAGUAAGAGCAAGGAUCUUAAGUGUGCCUACAAGUCAGACGGUUAUGACAAACAUGCAUAUCCGUGUAACCAACACACCUGUCAAGAGGUGGGACACUUCUACCACCCCAGAAAGCUCUCUUGUAUCUCCUUUCCCCUGAGAAUACCACAGUCUCGUUUCUAUCACUGUGGACUAGUUCUGCCUGUUGGAGAACUCUGUACAAGUGGAAGCCACAGUAUGCAUGCUUUUGUAUCUGAUUUCUUUUACUAACCAUAUAUUUUUUUGACAUUAAUCCCCGUUCUUGCAGGUAUCAGUCGUUUGUUUUCUUCUAGUGCUGAGGAGUGUUCCGUUACAGCAGUGUUUAUCCACCACCUGCUGAUGGGCAUCUGGGUUGUUCCCAUUCUUGGCUACUAAUAGAGAAAUGUUGAGCAAUCUAUUAAUUUCUCUUGGAGAAACACCUAGACAUGGAAUUGCUGGGGCAUAGGGCAGGUAUCAAUUAAAUUAAUAAAAUAAGGCCCAACAGUUUUCCAAAGAGGAUGUACUGUGCUUACACUCCUGAGAACAAUGUAUACGUGUCCUCAGCAUGAUUUGGAAUUGCAGACGUUAAUUUUAACCCUUCUCGUGGGUGUGCAGAGUUUAAUUUGCAUUCUCUGAUAAUGAUGAAACCUUUUUAAUUGACCUUAUAUAUUACCUCUUUGUGAAGUGUCAUGUCCGUUCAACUAUUUUGCCUACUUUUAUUAGAUUUUAUUUUUGGGUGAUAGGGGUUCUUAAUAUCUCCCCCAUACUAACCCUCUGUGAGAUAUAUAGAUUAUGAAUAUUUUCUCCCAGUCUGUGGUUUGUCUAUUCAUUUUCCUAAUGGUGUCAUUUUUAAAAAUUAAUUAAUUAAUUAUUGGCUGUGUUGGGUCUUCGUUUCUGUGCGAGGGCUUUCUCUAGUUGCGGCAAGUGGGGGCCACUCUUCAUCGCAGUGCGCGGGCCUCUCACUGUCGCGGCCUCUCCUGUUGUGGAGCACAAGCUCCAGACGCGCAGGCUCAGUAGUUGUGGCUCACGGGCCCAGCCGCUCCGUGGCAUGUGGGAUCUUCCCAGACCAGGGCUCAAACCCGUGUCCCCUGCAUUGGCAGGCAGACUCUCAACCACUGCGCCACCAGGGAAGCCCCUAAUGGUGUCUUUUUAUGAGCAAAAGUUUUUAAUUUUGAUGAAGUCCAAUUUAUCAAUUUUAUAGCACUAAAGAGGGACUUCCCUGGUGGUCCAGUGGUUAAGAAUCUGCCUUCCAAUGCAGGGGACGCGGGUUCAAUCCCUGGUCGGGGAACUAAGAUUCCACAUGCCGGGGCAACUAAGCCCCCGGGCCUCAACUACUGAGUUUGUGCACCUCAACUAGAGAGAAGCCCGCAUGCCGCAACGAAGAGCCUAUGUGCUGCAACUAAGACCCUAUACAGCCAAAAAAAAAAGGGCUAAAGAUUCUGGUGUCCUCUGUAAUAAAUUUUUUCCUAUCCCCAAGUUGUGAAGAUAUUCCCUGAUGUUUUCUUCUAGAAGCUUUAUAUUUUACCUGCUUCUAUAUUUAUAUCUAAGCCAUCUAGAAUUAAUUUUUCUAUAGGGCAUGAGAUUUUUCUUUU